GGCUGGGAUACGGUUGACGCGAUGACGAAAUGAAAGCCCCGCCCACCCGUUCAGUCAGUUAGUCAGUCAGUCUGUGGCCACUGGGGCACUCGGUGUGGUUUGCUUGUACCCGGCCAGUGACUCGAUAUACUGUGACAGGCCGUGCAGCCCCAGGCCACCUCUAACACCAACAUGCCGGACCGCAGACCCUUCGAGCGACUUCCUGAUGACGUGCGGCCCAUUAACUACGGACUGUGCCUGAAGCCCGACCUCAUAGACUUCACCUUCGAAGGGAAGCUGGAGGCCGCCGUGGAGGUGAAAAAUGCCACCAACCAGAUUGUUAUGAACUGUGCAGACAUUGAUAUUAUCACUGCCUCUUAUGCUCCAGAUGGAGAUGAAGAAAUCCAUGCCACAGGAUUUAAUUAUGAGAAUGAAGAUGAGAAGGUGACUCUGUCCUUUCCCAGUAUCCUUCAAAAUGGUCAUGGAAUGUUGAAGAUCGAUUUUGUUGGUGAACUGAAUGAUAAGAUGAAGGGUUUUUAUCGCAGUAAAUACACCACGGCUUCUGGAGAAGUGCAUUAUGCAGCUGUCACUCAAUUUGAGGCUACAGAUGCAAGAAGAGCAUUCCCCUGUUGGGAUGAGCCAUCCAUUAAAGCAACCUUUGAUGUCACUCUAGUUGUCCCCAAGGACAGGGUGGCUUUAUCCAACAUGAAUAUGGUUGAAAGGAAUCCAUACCCAGAUGAUGAGAGCCUCGUGGAAGUGAAGUUUGCCAGAACCCCUGUCAUGUCAACAUACCUUGUUGCCUUUGUGGUGGGAGAAUACGACUUUGUGGAAACACGUUCAGCAGAUGGGAUUUUAGUCCGUGUGUACACGCCUGUUGGAAAAGCCGAACAGGGGAAGUUUGCAUUGGAGGUUGCUGCUAAAACUCUUCCUUUCUACAAGGAUUACUUCAAUGUGCCGUACCCUCUACCCAAGAUUGACCUCAUCACCAUAGCAGACUUUGCAGCUGGAGCUAUGGAAAACUGGGGUCUGGUUACCUACAGGGAGACUGCUCUUCUCAUUGAUCCCAAGGACUCUUGCUCCUCCUCCCGCCAGUGGGUGGCUCUAGUUGUUGGACAUGAACUAGCUCAUCAGUGGUUUGGGAACCUGGUCACUAUGGAAUGGUGGACCCACCUCUGGCUUAAUGAAGGUUUUGCUUCCUGGAUAGAGUACCUUUGCGUAGAUCACUGCUUUCCAGAGUACGAUAUUUGGACUCAGUUUGUGUUUGCGGACUACACUCGUGCCCAGGAAUUAGACGCGCUGGAUAACAGCCACCCCAUUGAGGUCAAUGUAGGACAUCCAUCGGAAGUGGAUGAAAUCUUUGAUGCCAUAUCUUAUAGCAAAGGAGCUUCUGUGAUCAGAAUGUUACACGAUUAUAUUGGUGAUGAGGAUUUCCGGAAGGGCAUGAACCAAUACCUCACCAAAUUCCAAGAAAAGAACGCUUCUACAGAGGACCUGUGGGAGUCUCUAGAGCAAGCCAGUGGGAAGCCAAUUGCUGCUGUGAUGAGCACCUGGACCAAGCAGAUGGGAUUCCCACUAAUAUAUGUGGAUUCAGAGCAGAAUGAAGACUCCAGAGUACUCAAAUUGUCUCAAAAGAAGUUUUGUGCCAGUGGCCCGCACCUUGGUGAGGACUGUCCACAAUGGAUGGUACCGAUCAAUAUCUGCACCUGUGAAGCCCCAUCCUCUUCCAAACUAAAGAUCCUGAUGGACAAGCCAGAGACGACCAUAGUAUUGGAGGGCGUGAGACCAGACCAGUGGGUAAAGAUUAAUCCUGGCACUGUGGGAUUUUAUCGAACUCAGUACAGCCCUACCAUGCUGGAAAGCCUGUUACCUGGUAUCAGAGACCUCUCCUUGCAGCCUGUGGAUAGGCUGGGUUUACAGAAUGAUUUAUUUUCCUUAGCCCGUGCAGGGAUGACCAGCACAGUUGAAGUAUUGAAAGUCAUGGAGGCCUUUGUGAAUGAACCUAAUUAUACUGUGUGGAAUGACUUGAGCAGCAACCUAGGAGUCCUGUCCACCCUUCUCUCCCACACAGACUUCCAUGAAGAGAUCCAGGGCUUUAUCAGAGAUAUAUUUUUCCCUAUUGGUGAGCGGCUGGGCUGGGACCCAAAGCCUGGGGAAGGACAUCUGGAUGCACUACUUCGCGGUCUGGUUUUAGGAAAGCUGGGUAAAGCUGGGCACAAACCCACCCUUGAGGAAGCUAGACGACGGUUCAAGGACCAUGUGGAUGGGAAGAACACAUUGAAUGCAGACUUAAGAAGCCCUGUUUAUGUGACUGUUUUGAAGCACGGUGACAGCUCAACUUUGGACACCAUGCUUAAGCUUCAUAAGCAAGCAGACAUGCAAGAAGAGAAGAAUCGCAUUGAACGGGUCUUAGGAGCCAUUCCUUCCCAGGAACUUAUCCAAAAAGUGCUGACCUUCUCCCUUUCAGAUGAUGUGCGUCCUCAGGACACGGUUUCAGUAAUUGGUGGAGUUGCUGGUGGGAGUAAAACAGGGAGGAAAUCUGCCUGGGAAUUUGUAAAGGAGAACUGGGAGGAAUUAUUUAACCGGUACCAAGGUGGCUUCCUCAUUUCCAGGCUCAUAAAGGUGUCAGUUGAAGGCUUUGCAAGUGAGAAAAUGGCUACAGAAAUUAAGGCCUUUUUUGAUGCUCAUCCAGCUCCAUCGGCAGAGCGUACUGUGCAGCAGUGCUGCGAGAAUAUACUGCUCAACUCUGCCUGGCUGAAACGUGAUGCAGAUGCCAUAAACCAAUAUCUACUGUUGCGCAAUGCUCCCUCUUCCACAGUGUGAUUGUGCACAGCUGUCCCCCACCUGCUGUCUCACCACCCUGAAAGGCUAGACCUUAGGUCUCCAGUAAAGGAGGCUAUGUACCCAUUCUUCCUAAUUCCCUAACCCAACCCACUGCACCCACUGGGGAGCAGGUACAACAAAAGAAAGUGGGGCCGCGUCUUAUCAGUUCCUAACAUCUCCAGUCAGCUCUUUAGGGAUUUUAUUCCAUUGCUAAGCUGAUGUGUACAUAUGAUUUAUAGCUGUAGCAUACAGCUGCAAACUGAAUCUCCUCAGCUGCAGGAACUCCUGAGAGUACCCCAGGGGCUGUAAUGCCUAUUGGUUCCUGUGAGGCCAAGGUACCAAAGCAGAGGGUUAUCCAUAGAUAAGGGGGCAGUAACAAGACAGUUCCUUUGUAUGUUAUUUAGCCAUGUAAGUGGAUGGCUGAGCCAGAAUAUUCUUAUUCUUCUGUUUUUCCCACCAUUAGAAUACUGUAACCAUUUGUUGCCUGUUGUUUUGGGAGUUUAACCCCUUGUUCUGGAAUAAUUUUAACUUAAACGCAACACAAGUUUGCACGUAUGUGUACUCACUUAACCUUCCUUCCCUCGUUACUAUGUAUCUUCAAAUGGCCUGAUCUAGAGCCCCACCAUUACUGAAAAGGCUUGUUAUUUGAAGUCUGUCUAGUUCUGAAAGGCUAACUUUUACUAUAGAUCACGCCUCUUCAACACAGACAAGAAGAGAAAUGUUGAAAUUUUUCUGCUGUAUUAAAGUUCCCUUUCCGUCAACCCUAGUUCGAGAUUAAUUUCUAGGUUAGCCAGAUUCUGGGUUUGUGCAGCCUAAUGGCAUAGUGGGAGGGCCCAUUGCCCUGGGUAAGCAGACUUGCUCAUCAGAGUCUUCUUUUGUGCUAUUAUUUUAAGAAAAUGAAAAGAAGAAAAGAAAGAAAUAUACAACUUGAAAAAAUUAAUUGGGAAAAAACAAACCACAAACCAGUUGGCGUUAAUAAAACCAAUGUGAGUGUGUAAC